UUUUUCCAGCUCUAGAAAACAGCUUGCGUGGACAACAGAGUAAAAAUGAAUGAGUCGGAGAUCCCCAUCGACAUCCAUACGUUGAAGCUGCAGGAUUGGCUAAUCAGCCGGAGGAUCGUCCCCAAGAAUGUUCAACAGGAGAUUAGGGACAUUCACACGAAGAUAAGCAAUGCCCUGCAGGACAUGCCUUCCAACGAACAACUAAUUAAGCUAUUGGCGAACACAAAUAUCAACUACUACCAUGUCAAGGAGAUCAUUGAGAUACUAAAGCAAACGGAAAAGGACACCAAGAGUGUGUUCGGAACCUACGGCAGCCAGCGCAUGAAGGAUUGGCAGGAGAUCAGCCGCCUGUAUGAGAAGAAUGCCGUCUACCUGGCGGAAACAGCGCAGAUAUUUGUGCGGAACAUUAAUUACGAGAUUCCUGGAGUGCGCAAGCAAAUGGCCAAGCUGGAGCAGCAGACGGACGAGAGUCAGAAACGAGCUCACGACCUUAACAAGCCGGAGACGCAGCUUCUGGCCGAGCACGCAGCGCUCCUGGAGCAACUCGGCGUCAAGGGCGAUAAUCUGCAUGCCGAGUUUAUUGAGGUUCUGGCUGGCCUACCAAAUUUGUACACCAAGUCAAUAGAUGGCAUUGCCAAAGUUCAACCGGGAAUCGAUCUUUACGCUGAGGUUAGCGGACAUAAGCAGCCGUUGCCAAUUUUGAGCCACCUGGUCGAGUUUGGCAAUACCACUGUGUAUCAAUACAUUCACAAGGAGGCGCCGCUCGCCGUGGAGGAGCCGCCAAUUAGGUUAAAUCUUAGCGAAGGCAUCGUUCAAAAGGAUGGGGAUAACGUUGCUGCCGAGAUCGACUUUGGAACCGACGACAAUGGUGGUGGAACUUCUUCGACCGUUUCGGCGGAGAUAAUCGACUAUGGUGAUUUUGGGGGUGUAGAUUUGCAGGAGACGGACGGCGGCAAUAUCGACUGGGGAAUCGAAAGUGCUCCCGCGACAGCUGUGGAAAUAAACUUUGAUAUUCCCGUCGAGGAGUAUGGAAUCGUGGUGGAGGGAACUGGCAUGGAUGGAGGCACGGCCAAGGGUGAUCAGGCCUACACCUUGCUGGACUCACCCAACUAUCGCGAUCGCUUUUUAGACGAAAUCUACGAACUGGAAUCAUUUCUGCGUCUGCGCCUCUACGAGCUAAAGCAGUUGGAGUCUUCAAGCGACAUCAUGUUCUCACUUAUGGACAAUAUCGCUACGCACGAUGCGGAGAGCAUCAAGAAAAUCCUCAACUCUGUGGAGAAAAUCAUUCGACAGACUUCGGAUGAGCAGACGAGGCAUCUCUUCCAACUGAAGCAUUCGCCAAAGUAUGCAAAUCUGCUGGCUACAAAACUGCAGCAAAUGACCAAGGCGGUGGAGAAGCUGCGAUCCACGAGAGAGACACUCAAGCGACGAGCCAUAGAGCUGCGAGAGCAGCGACAACAGCUCAACCCUGUCCUGGAGGAGCUGGUGGCCCAGACCCGAGUUUUGCAGUCCCAUAUUGAGAAGGAUAUAUCAAAGCGGUACAAGAAUAGGAUGGUCAAUCUUAUGGGCGGUGUAAACUAAUUUAAAUUGUUAAUUGUUUUGUACAAAUAAAUGGGAUGGCAGCAAUAAGAAA